UAAAAACAUAACUAAUAAGUAUAUAUAAUGUGUUUUUAUGUGUUAUAAAGUUCUGGGUGUAGUGUAUUUACGGUUUAUGAAGAAGCAAGCUCCCCCGCGUUUUUACCUAAAUGUCAAGGUGCACUCUCCAGACGCGGAAGCGAUUUCCAGCUGUCAAACAGAUUUUUGUAAAUCAUUUUUCAGCUUUCGGCUGUAGGACUCCUGAAGUUUGACGUUCCUUCAGAAUGGACUGUCCACGCUGGCUGCCUCUGGAGUCAAAUCCAGAAGUCAUGACAAAGUUUGUUAAUUGUUUGGGUAUGAGGCCAACUUGGCAAUUUGGAGAUGUAUAUGGACUGGAUCCAGAGCUUCUCAGCAUGGUACCAAGACCUGUGUGUGCAGUGCUGCUCCUCUUCCCAGUGACAGAGAAGUAUGAGGCAUUCAAGCAAGAAGAGGAAGAGAAACUCAAAGAUCAGCGGCAGGAGGUCUCUCCUGAUGUCUACUUCAUUAAGCAAACAAUUGGAAACGCCUGUGGAACAAUAGGGUUAAUUCAUGCAGUGGCAAACAACCAGGCACACCUGGAAUUUGAGACUGAUUCUGCUCUUAAGAAGUUUCUUGAACAAACCUCCAAAAUGACCCCAGAGGAAAGGGCCGCCUUCCUGGAAAAAGAUGAGAGUAUACGUGUUACACAUGAAUCGAGUGCGCAAGAGGGACAGACUGAGGCUCCAAGCUUAGAUGAGAAAGUGAAUCUGCAUUUUAUAGCUUUUGUGAAUGUCGGAGGGCAGUUAUAUGAACUGGAUGGCCGGAAGCCUUUCCCUAUUGUCCACAGAAAAACAUCAGAAGAUACCUUCCUCGAGGAUGCCGUAGAGGUUUGUAAGAUCUUCAUGGCUCGCGACCCUCAGGAGGUUCGUUUCACCAUCAUUGCCCUCUCCAAAGAUACAUAUUGAGGAAACUCCCUUGUGACCUGAGAGAAAAAAAAAAGAACACAUUACUGCCAAACAUUUUAAGUGCUGACUUAAUUGGAAAAUUAGAUUUAUUUUCUUUUCAAAAUACUUUAGCAAGUGAUGUAGGAAAAAUAGUAAAAUGUCAGGGAUAUCAUUAUCAGUAAUGUUCUACUUGCGUUAUACAUCACUUGUUACGCGUUAGAUGAAAUUGUAAUGGAGUUAGGGUGCUGCUGUGCAACUCAAUGUAGUUUUUGCUAAGAUCAAAAUCUUCCAAUGAAAAAUCAUUACCUGUAAUGCAGAUAUCUAUCAGCUGUACUACAUUCGCACUGAACUAAAGUGUGUUUACAUAGCAUGUUUGGCUUUCAAUUGAGAGAGAAAAUUUAACACAUUUUUCGAGUCACUUAGGGAACUGAACUUUUUUUACUCCGGGUUCAAUGAUACACACUAUAUGUAGUGAUUUUGUUUUUGGCCGUAUGUCUAACCACAUGGUCAAAACCACCUAACGAAACAUGUUUUGCAAGGCUUUAAUCUCAGUCCAUGGCUUUGAAAAAACAGAUGGGCCUAAUGCUGUUUUAUGCGGUGAUGGUGUCAUGAAAAGCUUAUAUAUUAAAAAAAAAAAAAAAAAAAAA